AUGGGCUCCGGGCGCGGAGAAACUCCCUCGACAUCCAUCUCCAUCUUCCCAUUCACUGGAGGGCAAGACAAAAGCGGAGCGGAGACUUGGCAGCGGCGCCCGGCGGCGGCUCCUCAGCCGCCCGAGGCACGCAUGGCUCGCCAAGGAGGGGCCGCCUCCCGCGCGCCCGCCCUCCUGCCACCCGUCGUCGGCGCUCCCCGCAGCUCCGCCCUGCUCGGCUCCGGCACGGGCGGCGUCCGGGCCGAGCGCGAGGAGCGGCUGGCCGCGUGUCCUUGGAGCGGUGGCCUUCAGGCGCCCCCGGCAGUCCCGCUAAGCAGAGAGCAUCCCGGCGGCGGCGCCUCCCAGCCGUUCGCCCAGCCCCGGGGCCGCCCGGGAACCUGCUCUCCAGCCAGGCCUCCGAUCCUCGGCGCGUUCCGGCCUCUCCUUGGGCCCCUCAGCGUUUCCCCUCCCCUCCAACCUUCGGAACAAAGUUACUGGAAGAACCAACCCGCUCCCUGGGAUUUGCUGGGCGAGACUGGCAGGAAGCGGGGACCGGGGGGUCGAUGGGGGAGGAGGAGGGAGAAGCGAGAAGUCGCUGCCAGGCAUUUACUGCAAUGUGCCCGGCGUGGGUGCCAGCUGGGUGCCGCCUCUCCUAAGUGGCGAGCUGUCCGGUGCUGGAAAGGCGUCCUCAGCAGGGCAAGUCUCCAGGAGGCUCCGGGGGUGGCCCCAGGGAGCAGGCGGCGAGCUGCGCCUAGGUGUGGAUAUAUAGUUAGAGAGAGAGAGCUGGCAAGGGUGGACUUAGAAAUUCUUACAUCUGGGCUCACCGGCAGUCAGGUGAUCUGGAUGACUUCUAAAUUUAACACCACUUGGUCCUGGGGAGCAUUUUACAACUUCAUGGGAACUGUCACUGCAACUCUGCACGUCCAGAAAGGACCUUCCAGUAGCUAUGGAGAGACACAGCGGGCUAUUAAGAACCUGUUUAAUAUUAAAUAG